UGAGUGAAAGAGAUUAUAUAAAUGGGGUUCCUACCUCGAGUUCCAACUCUUUUUGACCACCUCCCUAUCUAACACCUUUUCAAGCGUGCUUAGGAGAGAUCCAAGAGUUGCAGGAUGGCUAUGACUGACUUGCUCAGCGCUGAGGAUAUCAAGAAGGCUGUGGGAGCCUUUGCAGCGGCUGAAUCUUUCAACUACAAAAAGUUUUUCGAGAUGGUAGGAUUGAAAAAGAAGAGCCCAGAAGAUGUGAAGAAGGUUUUCCAUAUUCUUGAUAAAGAUCAGAGUGGCUUCAUUGAAGAGGAAGAAUUGAAGUUUGUCCUGAAGGGCUUUACCCCAGAAGGAAGAGACCUAUCAGACAAAGAAACGAAGGCUCUUCUGGCUGCUGGAGAUAAGGACGGUGAUGGUAAAAUCGGCGCUGAUGAAUUUGCAACUAUGGUGGCUGAAUCAUAAAGGCUUUGACCAAUGCAAACCCUUCACCCAUCCUCCACUGCCCAAUUCCAACCACCUCCUGCUGACUGCUUUGGCUCCUGUUCUAUUUAUUUAUGUUAUUUUAUACUCCAGCUCUGUUCUCUGCAAUCCUGCAACUCUGUAAUUGUGCUGAAAGACACUGUUAAAAUAAUAAAGGUCACAUCAAUCUGG